AUGUCGGGAUACGAAGGACAAGACCCCAUCAAGAUCGCUGAGCAGAGCGAGCGCGAGUUGAACUCCCACGCCGCUAAGCACGGCCACAACGCCGAUAUCUCCUCCAAGCACGGUCACGGUGCCAGUGACAGCAGUAAGUUUUUUCUGAAACCAGGACUGAAGGUUCCGGUUGGAUAUACAGUCCUCUAUACCUUCAAGACUUACAUUGACUUACAACGGUAUACUAACAUCACCCUAGCCCUCGAGUCUGGUGUCGACGAGGCUGGAGCGAGCAGAUUCCCUGGCGGCAGCGUCUCUGUCGGUGGCCAAGGUGCCAGCAACAACAGACCCCUCCCUGAGAGCGAGGGUGGUGACAUCAACCCCUCCACCGGCAAGCUUUACAAGGCCGGCGAGUUCGAGGGUGCCGGAGGUCCCGAGACCAAGGCUCAGCUCCACCGCGAGAACGACGGCGGUGACGACGAUGUGCGCUCCAACGUCCGCAACUGA